AUGUCGGGAUUUUCGGAAGCAGCGAUGCGCGACAGACUGGGUAGGCUCAGACCCCAACAGGAUUCUAUAAAUACACUGUCGUUGUGGUUAAUGCAUCAUUAUCGACAUAUGGAUGAUAUCGUACAGAUUUGGUUGAAGGAAGUCCGGAAAGAGACAAACUCCUCACAAAUCGUCAAUUUGCUCUACGUUGCCAACGAUGUAAUUCAGAAUAGCCGCAAGAAGAAUCCUGAUAUUAUGACAAAGUUCUACUCCGUUCUGGAGCCAGCUUUCCGACAUGCUGCGAAAAUUUCUGGUCCAGAACUAGACAAAGUGAUGAUUAAAACACUCAAUGUUUGGAGAGACCGUCAAAUCUACAGCGAGGAACAGUUGAUCGUACUCGACGCUAUUGUCAAAAGACGAAAGUCAAGUGGUGGCAACAGCGGCAACUCCCAUCAAGUUCACGCUCCCCAGAUUCCAGAACUCUUUCCAUCUUCUGCUCCGCAAUCACAACCGGAAUACGAUUCGGAAUCUGUUAGCACUAACGUCACUGAAAUGUUGGAAUCAUUAAGAAAACUUGACUACCCGCCCAGUGCAGACGCUGAAGUCAGGCACAAAAUUGCUUCUUACUCCGAAAUGAUUGCAACACCACAGUCGCUCGACACAAUCAGGAACAGCACUGAGGCAAAGAAAUUGUUAGCAGAAAUUGAUGAAGCUGAACCGCUUGUUAAGGAGUAUUGUCAAAGGCUAGCCGACGAAAUGUUAGAGCGCCGGAAUCUACAAAAAUUGUUUGACGAUAUGAUUGUUAAUGUCCGUGCGACAGUUGACCUCCAUGAGAGGAUGUUAAAGGAAGUGAGAAGGAAAGAAGAACGAGCUCGAAACGACCUUGCUGAGGUAAGGAAAGCGUUCGAUUCUCUGCCUGACCUCACGGAAGUCACCGAAGAUGCGCCACUUCCAACGCUUGAAAAUCUAUUUGAUCUCUAA